CAGUGGAACGAGUGAGCACGUGGUGUGUGUGUUUGCUCCGUGUCUAUUGCCAGUGGACUAGCUGGAAUCCAGUCGAGGAUUUUUCUCGAUCCAGUUUGAACUUUCAUUUCCACGAGAUGAGGUCAAUGGAACCGUCGAAGACUGGGAAAGGCGUCUAUCCUUUAUGGGACAAUGAUACCUGCCAAGGGACAACGACACUCCAAAGCUAGAGGGAGCGUUUAACGCAAUCUCUGCGAAUUAUUUCUGCAGAUCGCAGCAGGACUCGGCCACGUGAGAAACUGUAGAUAUAAAUUCGAACAACAUAAGAUCCUAUACACAAGGCGAGAACGAUCACGUGAAAUGAUCGAUAAAAAGCGCGCGGAAAGCCAACCAGAUCAACUUUAUUGUCUGAUGAAAAUGAAACAACGAUAAUGAAUGACGAGUUAAACAUAAACAUGAGCCUGAUGCAGAGAAUGUGCAGGAAAUACUUGAGAUGGAUCAGAGAUAUAUCCGUGGAGCCAACUAUGUGGCUGUACAUGAUGGCAUACAUGGUAACCUCUGUGGUCGAGCAAGCGUUCUUCGUUUAUAAAUCUUGUCGCGUCGACCACGGAUACUCCGAAGAGAUCUGUUCUAAUUUAAACGACAAUGAGACCAUCAAGUCCGCAGUACAGGUGACAGUCUCAGACUUCCACCAAUGGAACAACAUAGCUGGCCACGUGGUGCCUAUCAUUCUGGCCCUGUUCUUUGGAAACUGGAGCGACAGACAUGGUCGAAAAUUGCCCAUGAUUAUGGGCUUAAUCGGAAAAUUUAUUUAUUCUUUCAUGAUAGUAGUCAAUUCCAUGAUGGACACGUGGAAUUUGAAUACUGUGGUGUACACAGCCAGUCUCCCUAUGGGAAUGCUAGGCGGUGAUGUUGCCAUUUUUGGCAGCUGUUUCGCGUACAUAUCAGACAUUUCCUCGGUUCAACAGAGAACUCUGAGGAUCACUAUUCUGGACGUUGUUUAUCUCAGCACUAUGCCCACUGGAGUGGCACUAGGAUCCUAUUUGUACACAAACGUGGCCAACUCGUCGUUCACAAUCAUGUUUAUCAUAAACACAAGCCUACUGGCCCUGGCCAUCCUCUACUCUCUGAUCAAACUAAAGUGGCAAACGUUGCCGCGACAACAGUCGCUUUUAGGCACCAAUCUGUUAAUGGACUUCUUCGAUAAGAAGCACGUAGUCGCAACCAUGAAGACAAUUACGAAGCCCAGGCCGAAUCACGGUAAGCUACAUUUAUGGCUGCUGUUGGUCAUCAUGAUGCUCUACACAUUCCAGAGGGACGAGAAACCGAUGAGCUACCUGUACACGCAGCUCAAGUUCAAAUGGGACGUAACCAACUUCAGUAACUUCCGAACGUUCCAGUCGAUCACGUUUGUCGUAGCGAUGUUAAUCGGUGUGCCACUGAUGAGUAAAUUAAUGGGGAUAAAGGACACUAUAAUUGUAGCAAUUGGCGCAACCGCACACGCAGCCGGAAGAGUAAUAUUCGUGCUAGCAGAGAUACCAAAAAUGUUCUACGUUGGUGCUGCCGUAGCUGCAUUGGGUCCCAUAGUGGCGCCGGUUUUAAGAUCAAUGACCUCGAAAUUGGUUCCAGUUGAAGAAAGAGGAAAAGUGUUUGCGAUGCUGUCAGUCUGUGACAAUGCUGUGCCAUUGUUCAGUGGCAUAUUGUAUUCACAACUUUACAAUGCUACUAUUAACACAGCACCCAGUUCUAUCUAUUGGCUGACGUUCUCCACUCAGGUGUCAGUGUUCCUGCUGGUUUUAAUAAUUCAUUUUACCCUGAGGAACAGAAACGUAAUGACUCACGAAGAGUAUAUUUCAAAUGAUGCUGACUGCCCAUAUGUGUCUUCCUCAUCAGAGCCUAACACAUUGACAGACUCCAAGGAUUCAUCAAGCUGA